AUGGAACAAGAAGGCAUUGAUGUGGCCCUCCUGCAGGAACCCUGGAGGAUAGGCGAGAAAAUUGCUGGUCUAUCAUCUAAACAAGGUAAGGUUUUAUGCACGCCUAGGCCCAUAAGACCAAGAGCGUGCAUAAUUCAUAGUAAUAGAGUAGAUUGUACACUAAUACCGGUGCUCUGCACCGAUGAUGUAGUUACAGCUAUUCUAACACUAACCACGGAAGAAGGAGAAAAGAGAAUGGUGAUAUGCUCAGCCUACUUCCCUGGCGAUGAAGCUCAAUGUCCACCUAGCAUUAUAAGCGACGUACUUGCAUUCUGCCUAGAAAAAGGAAUACAGCUCAUUAUAGGAUGUGAUGCCAACGCACAUCAUACCGUGUGGGGCGGCACUAACAUCAAUACUAGAGGUGAGUCUGUUUUAAAUUUCACCUUAUCUGAGGGUUUACUAAUAUCCAAUAUAGGAAAUAAACCUACGUUUGUCACUAGGGCUCGUAAAGAAGUUUUAGACUUAACUCUUUGCACAGGCAAGGUAAGUGAUAACAUAACAAACUGGCAUGUGUCGGACGAACCGUCGUGUUCGGACCACAGACAUAUUCGGUUUGACCUUAAUAUCUUUCCGUCAGAAAUCAAAUACCGUAACCCAAGAGAUACAAACUGGAUAGGAUUUAGAAUGUCUCUCAGUAGGUAUCUAGACGGUAAUACGGAACAGAUAAAGGGCGUAGAAGCUCUAAACUCGACAGUGGAAAGGGUAAGCGAAGCAAUUGUGAUGAAAACUGUCCAGAAAAAACUAAGAAAAACACGGGUAGCAAUACAGUCUGGUGGAGCAAGGGCUUGA